AUGGACGCCGACACGUCUCAAGACAACUCCCCUGCCACCAUGCAGGCGCGCGCUCUCGCACAUAUCCGGGAGGCUCGAUUAAAACAGGACCAGGAAUUGAAGGAAGAGCUCGAGAGCAAAAGGGCCCCGCUCAUCAGAAAAGUGCUUGACAUUUACCAGGAGCGUAACCGUUACGAGGAGAGGUUACGCGCUCUGAUGAAAGAGGCUGAUCUCACUCACCUCGAUGUUGAGAGGAUAGAGCGUAAUCACGACGAGAAACUAAACAGGAUUGCAAAGGAGCGGAGGGAGGAGAAUGAGUCUCGAAGGAACUUCUUCCGUACUCAGCUCGGCGAUGCUGCGGAUAUCUGGAUCUCCGACGAGGUCAUGAGUACAUGCAAUCCCGCUACGAGUCGGCCGACCAACGGCACCAAGGCACACCUUGGGAAUACUAUGGACGUUGACCAACCCCAGUCUCCAGUGCACAAGGUGGCCAUGAGGACUAAGUUGCCCUCAUCAUCCAACAAAGGCAAUGCGAAUGGGACUCACAACGCAGCCGCCGAUGCGAAAUCGGGCAAGCUGCCUGUUCUAGCUCCGGCCCCCAUACCGACCAUCGAGGAGCCGCCAGAGGAGCGCGUCGGCCGCUCAACCGAGCCGGCGGUCAACAGCAGAGGUGGUUUUACUCCAGUCAACGUCCGUUCCGUCGCCAACACCCCCAGCCGCGACGUAUCUACCACCCGAUCCGAAACCGCCACAACCGGCGCCAAGCCGCCACGACGCUCGCUGCCAGAGGGCCGACUGUCCAGCGCUAAGGCCGUGUCCCCGUUCAGCCGGCGGGUGGCAAAGUCUCCCGUCCCUAGCGAUGUCGGGACGCCCCGUGGUGGGGAGUCGGAUGAUGGAGUCGACGUCGAUAUGGAUUUGCCCGAGAUCACCCGGGCGACUCUAUCGCUCGAGCACGAUGGCAACGUCUACACAGCUCCUGAGCUGAUGGUGGGUGUGCCGUUGCGUCGAAUUGACGAGACCGAUGAGUACUGGGAACCAUCUUGGAAGCCGAUGAAGGAGAAAUUCGAGGAGCAGUUCCACAACUUUGAGAUCAAACACGCUGCACUCAAGGCCGGCGACUUCAGCAGCUUGGGUGACGAGGAUGACAUCAAGCCGUCGACCAGGAAGAACACCCAGAUGCAGAUCGGGCGGCAGGUCAACCGCGGUCGGCAGUUGAUGGAGUUCUUCAAGGAUGACACCCACAUCAACCCAUACCAGCUCGUAUCUAAGCGUUUUAUCACCGCAGGCUUCUGCAACUACGACACUAUCUUCCGUCUCGUCUCGACACUGGACGAGCUAAAAAAGUUUCCCCUAGACGUAACGCCCCUCGAGUGGAUCCGACAACGUCUAUGGGAGAUUUACAGCGAAGACAAACUCGGUUUCCAACUAAACAAGAUUGUGCACAACUUCUACCGAGACGCAAAAUUGUCGGCCUUGCGAUCCAAGGCCGGCUUCGGCAACAUUGGCAGGCCGUUCGGUGGCGGCAGGCCAAGGAAGUCACUUAACAGCGGCGGCGACGGAAGCGAGCGAGACACACCUGCGAAGAGAGGCCGCACUAAGCGCAAGGAGCCUCAUGGUGUUGCCGCUCAGAACAGGCACUCUCCUGCAGACCUUCAAGUCGAUAGCCGGCGGGCGAGCGAGUCUGGCGACAGUGCCGCACACGAUGUUCAGUCUCAUCAGGGGCAGAAUGGACACGACUCGACGAUGCAGCCGCAGACCAAGACUGAACUCAGUUCCCCACCAAGCACUAAGCGUCUCCGCCUGGAAGAACCCGAUGAUGAGCCAAGCAAGUCAGAUUUGGAGUACGACGGAUACACCACCACCGAGGAUCUCAUCGAUGACAAGCUUCUCCCGACAGAUUGGGAGGUUGAAGAGGUCAAGUCAGCCGAGCGUACCACCACUACCGAUGCUAGCACCUAUUGGCACUGGGUGGAAGCAGACGAUGAUACGGAAAAGCCGUAUAUGGAGCACCAGGUUCUUGCCGGAACAAAUCCCACUGUCUGGAGCUGCUACAAAGGGUUCGAUUUUAAUUUACGACCAGAGGAGCUCAAGGAGGUUCUAUUUGCACCCGGCUCGAACUACGUAGUCAUCAACAAGCGCAACGAGGUCAAAGGCGGUGACGGUGAUCUGGUUGCGCAAUUUCCUCGCCAGAGGACGAGGAAACGAUUCAUAAAGUUCCUCAAAGACCGCGGUGUCAAGAUUGUCAAGACUGACAGCGAAACCGUAAUUUCCACGUGGAAGUCUAUCAAGCCGAGACUAGGCCCGGAGGGUCCCCUCGACGAUUAA